CACAGAUGCUGCCUGCUCGUGCCGGGAAGAUGGCGGAGAAAGGAGACGGCCAUCUGAAUCAAACGAACAGAGCAGUCCUAUGAUUUCACGAGGUCUACUGAAAAGCAUUUGUGUAGUUUGGUCCGGCAGAAGAUUUGGCGUGCCAGGAUGGACAGUGCUUAGAUGUGGGCAACGUUUAAGCUGAAUGCAUUGUGAUUUCCAAUAAUUGAGACAGUGACUUCUAAAAAGCUGUCUACAUUAAUGAAAAGAACAAUGUAGUCAGCUUAGCAUAUUCAACAAUGUACAUGAAUAUUAUUAAAUUGAUGUGUUGAGCGGUGUUAUGAACUUGUGCAUGUGGUAGGGGUGCCAUUUAUUUUAGCUUAAAAGUUAUACUCCGGCAGAUCCCUUCCCAGUUGCAUUCUCUUAUAGUGUUCGAUAUAGGGUUUUCUUUUAUUAGAAAUUCAUUAUGGAUGUGAAUGAUUUUUUACCACCCCUCCCCUUGGAGCCCCCGGAAUCGGUAUUGGCAGAAAACGAUUUCUUUAACAUGCCUCCACCACCUCCCCUGCAAACGUCCAGUGACGCAGAGGAAAUGGACGUUAGCUCUGGUGGUGAUGGACAACAACACGCCCCAGCAGUGGACGGGGACGAAAAGCUCCUCCUCAACAAGCGUACGUUGACUUUUAGUAGCUGCCCAUCAGAUAACCCUGACCCCAUGGGCAGGUGCCCUAGAACCGCUCGCCAUGCUCCCCCGCUUUCCAAGUUCCUACCUGAUCUCAAGCUUCUCAAAGACGUAAAGAUCCGUGUAAGUUUCAAUGACACCAGUAAAAGCAAGGACAGAAAAGUGUUGUACACUGGUUUGGGGCAGGUUAGCGAUGACCAGAUCCUAGAGAGCCUGAAUGGUGAACUGGAUGAUUGUUUAGAGCAGGGAAGUGUGCCAAGCAGCUCAGGCCAGAGCUACAAAGCUCUAAGUUUAGCUAGAAACCGUUUCGAGAUGGAGGCCGAGCAGGAGAACAAGGUCGAAUUUGCUGUGCUAGAUGACUUGGAAGAUUUCAGUGAGAACUUUCUGGAAGCGGAAGAUGGAGACCCGAGCGGUUUCAGGUCUGAGAUGAUUGUUCAACAGGAGCAAGUGCACGAGGAGGACCUGAGUUACUCAUAUGAGGAGGACUUUGACAAUGAUGUAGAUGCCCUGCUGGAGGAAGGUAUGCCCAUGCCCAAAAAAAGACGUCUGGCUGAAGACCGGUACACUGGAGACAGUGAUCACAAUUCAGAUGGGGAGGCAGGAGUUCAGCCCAUGAUGACCAAAAUUAAAACCGUUCUCAAGAGUCGUGGACGCCCACCGACUGAACCAUUACCUGAUGGAUGGAUCAUGACAUUCCAUAACUCUGGCAUUCCAGUCUACCUCCACCGGGAAACGAGAGUUGUGACCUGGUCUAGACCUUACUUCCUUGGAACAGGAAGCAUUAGGAAACAUGACCCACCAACCAAUAGCAUUCCCUGCUUGCACUACAAAAAAAUGAAGGAUCAAGAGGAAAGGGAACAUAACGGAGAGGUGACUCCAAACGCAGAGGUGUCUCCGGUGAAACCAGGGGAAGAGACUGUUUCGCUUGAGAGAGCCGAUGAGCCCGACUCUACUGCCACAGAAGAGCCAACAUUAGAGGGUCCAGAGCCAGCAGCGUCUUCAGUCAGGAAGGACAGUCAUGGCAGUGAUGCUGCACAGGGAGCUCUAGGCCAGGUCCGAGCCAAGGUGGAGGUCUGCAAAGAUGAGUCUGUUGAAAUUGAGGAGUUCAGAAGCUACUUGGAGAAGUGCUUUGAUUUUGAGCAAGUGACUGUGAAGAAGUUUCGAACGUGGGCCGAGCGCAGGCAAUUCAACAGGGACAUGAAGAGAAAGCAAGCUGAAUCUGAGAGGCCCAUCCUACCGGCCAAUCAGAAGCUCAUCACACUGUCUGUGCAGGAUACGCCCACAAAGAAAGAGUUCAUCAUCAACCCCAAUGGGAAAUCUGAAGUUUGCAUUUUGCACGAGUAUAUGCAAAGAGUGCUGAAAGUGCGACCAGUUUACAACUUUUUUGAAUGUGAAAACCCAAGUGAACCCUUCGGAGCAUCAGUCAUUAUAGACGGUGUUACAUACGGCACAGGAACAGCUAGCAGUAAAAAACUUGCCAAGAAUAAAGCUGCUCGAGCAACACUGGAGAUCCUCAUUCCUGACUUCGUGAAACAAACAUCUGAGGAGAAACCUGUAGGAGAUGAGCUUGAGUAUUUUAAUCAUAUCAGUAUUGAAGAUUCAAGGGUGUAUGAGCUGACCAACAAAGCAGGUUUACUCUCACCAUAUCAGAUCCUCCAUGAGUGCCUUAAGAGAAACCAUGGAAUGGGUGACACCAGCAUCAAGUUUGAAGUGAUCCCAGGAAAGAACCAGAAGAGUGAAUACGUCAUGACAUGUGGGAAACACACUGUUCGUGGCUGGUGUAAGAAUAAGAGGGUGGGGAAGCAGCUGGCAUCACAAAAGAUUCUCCAAAUGCUUCAUCCUCAUGUGAAGAACUGGGGCUCGCUGUUGCGCAUGUAUGGCAGAGAAAGCAAUAAGAUGGUCAAAAAGGAAAACUCUGAUAAGAGUGUGAUUGAGCUUCAGCAGUUUGCCAAAAAGAACAAGCCAAACCUUCACAUCCUCAACAAACUACGCGAGGAGAUGAUGAAACUAGCUCGAGAUAGGGAGGAAGCAAGAAAGAAGCCCAAAAUGACUAUAAUGGAGUCAGCUCAACCCGGCAGUGAACCUCUGUGUACCGUCGACGUUUAACAAGGCCUUGCCAUGAUAGCAGAUAGCACUGACCAAUGGUAAUAGUUUUAACAAAUGUGUAAUGCACCAUUACUGAAUUAUUCAUUACUUUUGGCAAUACUAGUUACAUUUUAUCAGAAUUAUUAGUGCAACUCCUCACAAAUAUGUCUAUAAUUUAUGGGUUUACUAACAGUCAUAAAAACACUAUGAAAAGUCGAAAAGCAUUCAAAAAUACCUCCAGAUGCACUUCUGCACUGAUAAGUGCAAAUUUAAUCACUUGAUUUGGCGGAUGACAAAAAAGUUUCUAUGAAUCGAAGUAAACCGUAAAUAUGUAUGUUGAAUAAGUGUUACAGAUGCUUGCUUUUAAGUUUGUGGCUUUUAGAUGUUGUCAAUAAAAACAAAAUUGUUACUCCCUUUUUAAAAUAAAGAGCAAAUAAAUUA